CACCACACAAUUUACGUUAUUAAGGCUAAGGCAACGCUCUUUUCGAAUAGUUAUACUCCGUACAGCGAUCGGUUUAGACGUGUUGGGCACACAUUGUAUACUUUAAGACUCUCUUAGUCAAAAAAAGUGAAAAUAGUUGAGUGAAAAAAGCACAAACUUACAAAAGUAAGAUGUCAGCAACAACCGAAGUUGGUACAAAUGAUCCUGCGGAAAUCAUAAAAAGCGCAACGGAAACUACUAAUAAUGGUGCCGCAGCCAAAGACGCACCUAAUGCUGAGGGUCAAAUCCCCGAAUGGCUGACCGCGGAACUAUUUGCAGAUCUGCUGAAGAAAAAUGUACCAAAUUUUAAGAGCAUUAAAAAUUUUACCGCCGAAGUCUGGGAAGCCGCUGGCGAAAAUUACGUCAGUAUCUUGGCAUCGGUGAAUUUAGACGCAGAGCUUGAAGAUGGGAAAGUACAAAAUUUCCCAUAUGUGAUCAAAGUGCCCGUCGACGCGGUGCAGGAAUUAAUGGCGAAUUAUCAUAAUAUAAUUGAUACAGAAAAUGCCAUGUAUAAAGAUGUGAUACCGGAAAUGGAACAAAUGUAUAGAGAUGCGGGUGUUGACGUGACAUUCGGAACAAAACAUUACGAUCUAAAGACGCCAUCCAAAUUCGGUGUUGUACUCAUGGAGGAUUUACGUCCGUAUGGCUUCAAAAAUGUCAAUCGUCUUGAGGGUUUCGACAUGGAACACACUAAGGCCGCAUUGAAAAAGUUAGCACAAUGGCACGCCGCCUCAGCGGUGCGUGUUGAAACCAAAGGACAAUAUCCGAAAGUAGUUACUGAAGGAAUAUUUAACGAGGGCAUGUUAACAAUGCUGGAAAUGAUGAUCGAAUUAACGGCGCCAUUAUAUAUGGAAUGUGCUCGCACGUAUGAAGGCCAUGAAGAAUACUACGAUAGUUUGCAACGAUGCCAUAGGUAUUAUGCAGACGAAUUACGUCCGCUGAUGAACAUCGAUCCAAAUGAGUUCAACGUUUUAAAUCAUGGUGACUUCUGGGUCAACAAUAUUAUGUUCCAAUAUGAUGACGCGGGUAAACUGAAGGAAACGUAUUUCGUUGACCUUCAGUUGACGCGAUAUGGUUCACCGAUGAUUGAUCUAUAUUUUUUGCUGCUAUCGUCAACGAGCCUGGAUUUGAAACUAAAGCAUUUCGAUUAUUUUAUUAAAUACUAUCAUGAUAAUUUGAUUGAGUACUUGAAAUUACUGAAAUAUCCCAAAAAAUUACCUACGCUCAAAGAAAUCCAUAUAGCCAUGCUCAAAUAUGGCCCUUUCGCUGUGAACUUUGUUGUUUGUCACUUGCCCCUCGUGCUUCUCGAAGCAAAGGGAGGAGCUAAUUUAACCAAUUUAAUGGACAUGACAGAAAAAGGCAUGGCUAUUAAAAGGGUGAUGUAUACAAAUUCACGUUAUCGGCAACACAUUGAAGCCCUUUUUCCUUGGCUUUAUCAUCGUGGUGCUUUCUAGUGACUAAGAUUAUCCUAUAAGGAGUUAUCCUGCCAACGCGGGCAAAUCUUUCUUCCGAGGGGUCACCGGAAAUGCCAUCGCAAUGGCCGAGUUUAAAAUAUUAUUUUCCAAAAAUUU